AUGAUAUGGCUUGGCUCCAGAGGUAACACAGCGGUCUGAUUUCAGAGCAGGUAGACUGAAGGGCAGACUGUAGAACAGGAGGGUGUGUGUGUAUGGUCACUGAUCAUGCUCCUUUUCCUGCAGAAUCCUGCCCACUUUACUAUAGCUUCUACACAACAACAUACUUGUGUUGUUAGUAUGGUGUAAACACUAUGACUCAACUAUUCCCUUCCGGGGUAAGGCCUAGACAGGCUUUUUCCAUCUGUCACAUUCACACACAGCUUGUCUUUGAGAAGUGUGGCCGCUGAGAGACAGAAAACAAGGUGUGAUAAUGCCUGUAGUGGGUAUCUACCUUGCCAUGAAGGUGUCCUCAAGGUUAUGUUGCUUGAGUAAAGCGCACACACACACACUAGUAUAAAUAGUCCAUGGUGAAUGUAUGGGUUGGAGAAUAGCUGGCUGCAGAAGAACUGUGUUUAAAUGUCACAGAAGAACAAAGGAUCAAUCUCAUCCCCUGCUCUUUCCUUUCAUCAGUGUGAGUCGAGUCAUUUACUUCAGUUACCAUAUUGACUCUGUAUUUGACUGGCCUGCUUUGGUACAGCAGAGCAUGUAGCCUAGCUGAUUAGCCUACUAGCAGCAGAGUGGUCAAUAGCAUCCAAUCUGCAAAUCGGUCAGAAAGUUGAGGAGAAAAGUCAGCCACUAACAGAUUUGGAAAUCUAAUUGAAAUAGGCUCCUAGUAAAUGCAACAACUAGGCUUGAAACUCAGAGGGGCCUGUGUGUUUCUCCUACAGCUUGACUCACUUGUGUGUGUUUGUGUGUGUGAGAGAGAGCGAGCGAGAUAAACUUGUGCAUGCUGCACUCUUUACCACUGCUGCUCCUUUCCACACACAGCCAGCCUCUCCCUCUUCAAUUCCCCAUUGUUCCCUGUAUGGCUUGGUGGAACCCUGGCCUACGCAUGCAAAUGGCCCCUGCCCUAUCUGUGGUCAAGGCACAAAGGCCGUCUUUGGACAGCUCUGUCCCACACGUCAGGGCCUCAGCCAGACGGUCAUGUGCGUAGGAUGGGUCAAGUACCAGACCCGGUCCAACACACCACUAGAUCUGUGCAGUUGCCCAGUGUAACCCAUCUAUGUUGUGCAGAUGUACUCGGCCGGUCGGCUAUACAUAGACUAUUUGUGAAUAGACUGCCUCCAUUCUUAUACACUUGCAGCCAUGUAGCCACCUCCGUGUUUCCCCUAGGAUAUUUUUCAGCAGCUAUGGCAAAGUUAGCGGGGGUAGUGGGCGUGGCCAAUGGCCGCAGAGACACAAUGUUGCUGUUUUAAAGCUAAUUUUCUACAGUUUUACACAUUUUGCUAUGGCUGAUGCUGUGUUCUUAUGCUAUCUGAAUGACUCAAACAUUAUAACAAAAUCAAUGGGGGCCCCAUGCCAUGCCAUUUUAGGAAUUUAUGAUUCUCCCUGACUGUCUAGUUUUUAUUUAGGUGGUUGUUAGAUCUCACAGAUGAUCUUAUAAAAAAAAAUAUAGACAGUCAGGGAGAGUGUGUGUAUAUUUUUAUUAAAUUUUUUUAGUGGUAGCCAUGAUUGAAUAUAGGGGAAACACUGCAUCUGAAAGUCAGUGGAACACCCAGGCUAGUUGCAUGGAGUUCACCUAGCUAGUAGCCUGUCUAUCUGUCUAGUCAGUGGUUGCGCUGCAACAUUGAGGAACUAAUGUGUGAGGUAUCAGUGAACCUCUGAGUCAUCGAGCCCUUUGGUCAGUGGGGAUGACAUCACCAAAGAGAGGGUGGUAUGAGGUCAGAGGCUGGGAGACUGUUUGGGCAGGGCUCCUGGAUGCUAUCACUGCCACUCAGCGUACACUCCGAGACGAGCCACACCAAACAGAUAAACAUGGCUUUUUAUUGGGGGAAAUCAGGAUUAGUUCCAAAGCCUGAGGAGACCGACAGGAUGAAACAAUUCAAUCUCUCUCAAAGCGAGGAGUGAGGACCUAUGGGAUUACACCUGUCAGUGGUUGACAACACAACCUCUCAUUGUUAAUUUUAGAAGUCUAUUUUACCUCCAUCCUUCUUUAACAAGUCACAUAGCAAAUUAGCAUCAAUGUUAACAUCACACUCACACGCAAGGUAGUGAUUAGCCAGCUAACUUGGGACCAUUGGCAACUCUGUGACAGAGAGCAGCUCAUGAUCACAGGAAGAGUUAAGGAUUGGUCUCAACAGUUUGAGCCGCUGGUGUAUUGAUUUCUGUCCCCGCUCUCUCUCAUUUCAGACUUCCUGUUUAAGUUCCUGGUGAUUGGCAGUGCUGGGGCAGGGAAAUCUUGCCUCCUCCACCAGUUCAUUGAGACCAAGUGUAAGUAGUGCCGAUGCCGGUCGCCCCCUGUCCUGCAAAUAAACAACACCCACAUGCAUCGUUUAUGUACAAUAAUAUAGAAUAUCUCUGCACACUGACACGCACAUACACACUCAUGUAGCGGAUGUCAACGCAUGCACACUGAUGUGUACAUGCGAUAAAGACCUCUAACUCCCAGUCCUGUCAGUAGCGUGAGAGAAGGGCUUUGACUGUGUUCAUCUCUGGACCUGCGAGAGGCAGUAGCUCCUCAACCCUCUGAUAUGCUGAUGAGGCUUCUGAAGCUAACUGUUCUGGUUUUAAAACAAGCACAAUGCACCAGCACAAUAUAGAUCAGCACUGUGACUCUGGGUAUUAACCAGGAAACGUUUCUGUGAAGUCUUGGCAACUUAGGCCUAGUAACUAGGCAGUCACACCUAUAGGGGUUUUACCCUUUAGCCAAGGUUGUCUUUCACAAACCAGCCAUCUGUAAAAACAGACAUUUGAGUAAAAGAUAUGAGACAUAAACAAACAAUGCAGUGAUGAUUGUGGCUUCUCUCCCGAUUUGUCUCUGGCUGUGCAGUCAAGCAGGACUCCAACCACACCAUCGGGGUCGAGUUUGGUUCCAGGGUGGUCAACGUCGGGGGUAAGACAGUCAAACUACAGAUCUGGGACACAGCCGGACAGGAGCGCUUCAGGUAAAGAUCUCCCAUUGGUUACCCUGAGUGCCGUUACCUCUGACCCGUGCUCUCAUUGGUUGACAGGUUGGAUUCUGGUUCUGUGAUUGGUUAACGGUGCUGUCUGUCUGCCCUCCCCCAGGUCUGUGACUCGUAGCUACUACCGUGGAGCGGCAGGGGCGCUGCUUGUCUAUGACAUCACAAGGUAGGUGAACCAAUGAUGGACCCAUGACAAAAGCACACUGGUUUUAGUGGUCACUCGUACACGCACACAGACGCGUGAGUUAGCAUAGAGCACGGAGAGACCGAAUAGAGCUGUUGAAUUUCAACAGGCCUAUGGAGAGUCAGGAGCACUAAGACACUGAGUCAGAGAUGGAGACAUUUGUAUGGCAGCACCAAGCCAAGAGUUUUUAUUUAAUAAGCCCAGAGUUGCCAUGGCACUGCCUGUCUCAUAAUCAAGAUGGAGUGAAUGGUAUAAUGCCGGGUGAGCUUUAAUAAAGUGUGUGUGUGAUGCAGAAUGACAGUGCUGUAAUAAAGUGGGGUCUCCAGACAGGCGGCAGCAGCCCGGAAAGCAAAACUCCAUUAGACAGUGUCAACUGAGCGAGAGAGAGAGAGAGAGCGAGGAGGGAGGAAACGAGAGCAGGGAGGGAGAGAAUAUGGGGAGAGGGAGAGAUGGAAGCGUGUGUGUGCGUGUGUGUGUGUGUGUGUGUUAGCUACACCGAGGCAGAUGGGUCGUCAUCGCUGACGUCAUGGUUUAGCCGCCUCACUGCAGCUGUGGGACAUUAGUACUCUACACCCUUCUGCUCACUGUUCUCACGUCGCCAUGGACACCAGCAUGCGGUCACCAUGGUGAUGGGGACUUCACGAAAAAAACCAAGGUGUGACGUGGUAUCGGACUCCAUCUGUGCUUGAGGAAGAGAAAGCGAAGGAUGACGUUCUAUAUUUACCUUCUCAUUUGGAGCAAAAAUAACAUUAGCCCACAGAGAUGUAUUGAAAAGUGUGAGUUUGAAAACUGCUAAUAUUCUCAACCUCUAUCAUCUCCCCACUCAUCUAAGGGUUUCUUGUAUUUUACCUCUGAUGCUGUCAUGAACACACCAUUUAAAACUUAGAUUUUUCCAAAGUAACAUCCCAUCCCAAUUGAACAUACCUUUCCUAAUGAAACGUGAUGAAAUCAGUUCUCCCCUCCUCUCUGUCUGUUGUGCCUGGCAUGUCGGUCUGUGUGUCUUUCCUCUAGCCGGGAGACGUACAACGCCCUGACCAACUGGCUGACAGACGCACGGACGCUGGCCAGCCCCAACAUCGUCAUCAUCCUGUGUGGGAAUAAGAAGGACCUGGAUGCAGACCGAGAGGUCACCUUCCUCGAGGCGUCCCGCUUCGCACAGGAGAACGGUAACUGUCUGUCCAUCUCUCACCCUCCUCUACUCAGGCCGUUUCCCUGGCUCUCCUUUCACAACUGUCUGUCACCCUUCCUUUCCCCACUCCAUCGCUCCCCUUUUUCCUUUCUCCCCUUUUAGUCAACUCUGAUCUCAGAUAGUUGUAAUUUCCACUAGUUUUUAGGCCUGUAUUCGUUUAAUUGGGAUUAGAGUAUCGAGUUGACUGACUGGGUUGACUGUUACAGAGCUGAUGUUCCUGGAGACCAGCGCUCUGACAGGGGAGAACGUGGAGGAGGCCUUCCUCAAAACUGCCCGUACCAUCUUCAACAAGAUAGAGUCAGGUAAACAAACAGUUUACUUAUGAGGCUGGUGUGUGUGCUAAAAAAGUGUAUCUGUUUGAUUUUGAAUCUUACUAUCAAACAAGUUCAAUAUGUAUGAUUUUGGGAUGUCUCAUGUUGUUUACGCCUAGCUAUAUGUGUGUGCCUUUGUCUUUCUUGGUUUAAUGUACACUGAAGAAAAAUAUAAACGCAACAAUUAAUAUUUUUUGACUGAGUUACAGUUCAUAUAAGGAAAUCAGUCAAUUGAAAUACAUUUUAAUUAGGCCCUAAUCAAUGGAUUUCACAUGACUGGGAAUACAGAUAUGCAUCUGUUAGUCACAGAUACCUUUUUUUUAAAAAGGUACGGGUUUGGAUCAGAAAACCAGUCAGUAUCUGGUGUGACCACCAUUUGUCUCAUGCAGCGCGACACAUCUCCUUCGCAUAGAAUUGAUCAGGCUGUUGAUUGUGGCCUGUGGAAUGUUGUCCCACUCCUCUUCAGUGGAUGUGUGAAGUUGCUGGAUAUUGACUGGAACACGCUGUCGAUCCAGAGCAUCCCAAACUUGCUCAAUGGGUGACAUGUCUGGUGAAUAUGCAGGCCAUGGAAGAACUGGGACAUUUUCAGCUUCCAGGAAUUGUGUACAGAUCCUUGCAACAUGGGGCCGUGCAUUAUCAUGCUGAAACAUGAGGUGUUUCAGCAAGAAGAUGGCACCGUACUGGAUGGCCACUGUUUUGCAAGCUCUGACCCAACUUUGCUAUUUUGUGAUUAUUUUGUCGUUUAUUUUGACUUUAUUUUCACGAAAUGUAUCCGCUAUUAUUUCUUGCAACCGACACUAACUUUUGAAUAUCAGAUUGGCAGUUACUUACUCCAAUUCCGGCUUCAACGUAGACUCAUCUGCCCUGGGCUCUCUGUAAUUCCGACCCAAUUUUUGGCCUACCCAGGGGAAAUGCCGGCAUUACAGAGGCAAGAUGUGGCGGAUCCUGGUGAGAUUAAGGCAAAGGGAAAAACGGCCACCUCUUCCCUCCAUUCUACUGGCCACUUGAUAAUAAGAUGGAUGACCUCUGAUCGCGGAUUUGCUACCAACCGGACUCUCAAAACAGCAAUAUUCUUUGCUUUUCUGAAACAUGACUCUCGGACAAGAUACCUCCCCAUGGCUAUCCAACUCAAUGGAUUCUCCAUUCCCUGGGUGGACAGAGGAGUAGGGGAAAUCGAGAUGGGGAGGGUUUUGCCUCUACAUCAACUGGUGUGCUACCUCCAGCACAGUGGAAAUGUCAAUCCACUGUUCACCACUGUCUUGGAAUAGCUGUCUUCAAAUGCCGACCCUUUUACUUCCCGAGGGAGUUUUCAGCUGUUAUUGUGACUGUUGUAAACAUUCCACCUCAGGACAAGAAAAACAACAAGCUGGCACUUAACAAACUGUACAAGGCUAUAAACAAGCAAGAGGUUGGUUGCUAACCUAAAUGACAGGGAUACUAGGCACAGUGCUAUCGUAGACAACCCUGAGGCAACAACCGAGGACAGGAUAAGUACAAGAAGUCCCGCUACGACCUCCGCAGAGUCAUCAAACGAGCAAAAGGACAAUAUAGAAAAAACGUGGAAUCAUAUUACACAGGCUCCGACACCCGCCACAUGUGGGAGGGGCAACAAUCCAUUACGGAUUGCAAAGGAAGACCCAACCGUGACGAACUCAAUGCAUUUUAUGCACGCUUUGACAACAACAACAUUGUGCCGGGUGUGAGGGUCGUCACCGACCCAGAAGAUUGGGUGAUCUCGCUCUCUGAGGCCGACGUGAGAAAGGUCUUUAAUCAGGUCAACACCCGCAAGGCCCGACAGUAUUCCAGGGCGCGUUUUCAGAGCAUGCACCGAACAAUUUCAUCAGUCCAGAGAAUCUUGUUUAUCAUGGUCUGAGAGUCCUUUAGGUGCCUUUAGGCAAAUUCCAAGCGGCAUGUCAUGUGCCUUUUACUGAGGAGUGGCUUCCGUCUGGCCACUCUACCAUAAAGGCCUGAUUGGUGGAGUGCUGCAGAGAUGGUUGUCCUUCUGGAAGGUUCUCCCAUCUCCACAGAGGAAAUCUGGAGCUCUGUCAGAGUGACCAUCGGGUUCUUGGUCACCUCCCUGACCAAGGCCCUUCUCCCCUGAUUGCUCAGUUUGGCCUGGGUGGCCAGCUCUAAGAAGAGUCUUGGUGGUUCCAAUCUUCUUCCAUUUAAGAAUGAUGGCGGCCACUGUGUUCUUGAGGACCUUCAAUGCUUUAGACAUUUUUUGGUACCCUUCCCCAGAUCUGUGCCUCGACACAAUCCUGUCUCGGAGCUCUAUGGACAAUUCCUUCGACCUCAUGGCUUGGUUUUUGCUCUGACAUGCACUGUCAACUGUGGGACCUUUAUAUAGACAGGUGUGUGCCUUUCCAAAUCAUGUCCAAUCAAUUGAAUUUACGACAGGUGGACUCCAAUCAAGUUGUAGAAACAUUUCAAGGACAAUCAAUGGAAAAGGGAUGCACCUUAGCUCAAUUUCUAUUCUCAUAGCAAAGAGUCUGAAUAAGGAUCUCUCAUAGCAAAGGGUCUGAGUAAAUAAGGUGUUUCUGUUUUUUAUGUUUAAUACAUAUGCAAAAAUUUCUAAAAACCGGUUUUCACUUUGUCAUUAUGGGGUAUUGUGUGUAGAUUGAUGAGGAAAUUGUUUUAUUUAAUCCAUUUUAGAAUAAGGUUGUAACGUGACAAAAUGUGGAUAAAGUGAAGGGGUCUGAAUACUUUCCAAAUGCAAUGUAUGUGUGUUCAUGCUUACCUCUGUCAGGUGAGUUGGACCCAGAACGGAUGGGUUCAGGUAUCCAGUAUGGAGAUUCUUCUCUGAGGCAGCUGAGACAGCCCAGAGGUUCCACUGCACAGACCAAGCAGCAGUGUAACUGCUAG